UAGAGAGCAAACUAUUCACAUUUCUGAAGAAAGAACUGGAAAAGUUUAAGAAAAUAUUGCAAAAAGAGGACUUGCAGUAUUUUGUGAAGGAUUUUAAUGAGAAUAGAUGCAGUAUCAAAGAAACAGCUCUUGAUCUCACACUCUACUUCCUGAGAGAGAUGAAACAAGAUGAAGCUGCUGAUACUUUAGAAGAUGAGCUGUUCUUCAUUCAUCAGCUAAAGUGUAGUCUAAAGAAGAAGUAUCAAUGUGUGUUUGAAGGAAUUGCAAAGCAAGGUGACUCUACACUUCUGAAUAACAUCUACACAGAUCUCUAUAUCACUCAGGGUUGUAGUGAACAGGUCAAUACUGAACAUGAGGUAAGACAGAUUGAAGUUGCUUCCAGGCGUCAUGAAUCACAAGAAAUACAGGUUGAAUGCACAAAUUUGUUUGAAGCACCUGAACAAGACAAGCAGAUCAGAACUGUACUGACAAAAGGAGUUGCUGGCAUCGGAAAAUCAGUCUCUGUGCAAAAGUUUGUUCUGGAUUGGGCUGAAGGAAAAGAAAAUCAAGAUAUCAGCUUCAUAUUUCCUCUCCCAUUUAGAGAGAUGAACUUAAAGGGGCAAGAAAAUCUAAGUUUGAUGGACCUUAUAACUCAGUUUUUCCCAGAGACAAAAGGACUGAACCUUACAAGAAGAAACCAAAAAGUCCUGUUCAUUCUUGAUGGUUUGGAUGAAUUUCGUCUUCCUCUAAACUUUGAUGGUAAUGAUGUGUGGUCUGAUGUUUCAUCACCAGCCUCUCUGGAUGUUCUCCUAACAAACCUCAUCAAGGGAAAUCUGCUUCCUUCUGCUCUCUUCUGGAUCACCACCAGACCAGCAGCUGCCAGUAAGAUUCCUCCUGACUGUAUCGACCGGCUGACAGAGAUACGAGGAUUCAAUGAUGCACAAAAGGAGGAGUACUUCAGAAAAAGAUUCACAGAUGAGGAUCUGGCCAAAGAAAUCAUUGAUCAUGUUAAACAAUCAAAGAGUCUUUUUAUCAUGUGUCACAUCCCAGUCUUCUGCUGGAUUUCAGCAACUGUUCUCCAAAGUAUUUUGGAGGAGAAAAGAAAUAAUGAUAUGAAAAACAAUAAGGCUGAUGAUAAGUCCAAAACACUGCAGGAAUCAAAUGCUGAAGACACUCCCAAGACUCUGACACAAAUGUAUACACACUUUCUCCGCUUUCAGGUUCUGCAGAGUCUCAGAAAGUAUUAUGGAGAAUACAGACCAGAUGUUUCCUGGGACAAAGAUGCCAUCUUUUCACUGGGGAAACUGGCAUUUCAUGAGCUGGAAAGAAACAAUGUAAUUUUCUAUGAAUCAGACCUGAAAGCCUGUGGUAUUGACGUCUAUAAGGCAUCAGUGUAUUCAGGCAUGUGUACCCAGAUCUUUAAGGAGGAAACAGGGAUCGUUCUUGAUACCAUGUACUGCUUUGUUCACUUGAGCAUUCAAGAGUUUAUUGCAGCCCUUUAUGCACAUCUGUUUCUAGACAUCAACAAGAAAUAUGUGUUAGAUCAAGAUUCUACAGAGCAGGAAAACAAAAGUGAAACCAUGAUUGAUUUGCUCAAGACUGCAGUGGACAAGGCACUCAAGAGUGAUAAUGGACACCUGGAUCUUUUCCUUCGAUUCCUCCUUGGACUGUCACUUCAGUCCAACCGACAACUCUUACGAGGUCUGUUGACGCAGGAAGACAACAAUGACCAGAGCAAAAAGGAAAUAGUUCAGUACAUCAAGCAUAAAUUUGAAGCUAAUCUGUCUCCAGAGAGAUCCAUCAAUCUGUUCUACUGUCUGAAUGAACUGAACGACCAAACUCUGGUAAAAGACAUUCAGACCCACCUUAGCAAAGGGAGUCUCUCAUCUGCUGAUCUUUCACCUGCCCAGUGGUCUUCUUUGGCCUUUGUGUUGUUGACAUCAGAGGAGGAGCUGGAGGAGUUUGAGCUUCAGAAAUUCAAGAAAUCAGACGAGUGUCUCAUUAGAUUACUGGCAGUCAUCAAAACAUCUAAAAGAGCUCUGCUAAAUGAUUGUGGCUUAACAGACAAAAGCUGUUCAGCUCUGGCUACAGUUCUUGGAUCAGAUACCAGUCUGAAAGAGCUAAACAUGAGCAAUAAUAAUCUGCAGGAUUCAGGAGUGAAGCUACUCUGCACUGGACUGGAAAAUAUUAAGUGUCAUUUGGAGAUACUGAAGCUUUCAGACUGCAGUAUCACUGAAGAUGGUUAUAAAGCUCUGGCUUCAGCUCUGAGAUCAAACCCUUCACACCUGAUAGAGCUGGAUCUCACAGGAAAUGAUCCUGGACAAUCAGGAGUGAAGGAGCUCAGUGAUUUACUACAGGAUCCAAACUGUCAACUAAAAACACUGAGUCUUUGUAGAUGCAGAAUUAUGGAGAAACAGUGUCUCAUCCUGACUUCAGCUCUGAAAUCAAACCCAUCACACCUGAGAGAACUGAACCUGAGCUGGAAUGAACUAAGAGACUCUGGAGUGAAAAACCUCAGUGAUCUACUGAUGAGCACACAAUGCAAGCUGAAGAAACUACAGUUAAGCACCUGUUAUAUGACAGAUGAAGGUUGUUCUGCUGUGACUUCAGCUCUGAAAUCAAACCCAUCACACCUGAGAGAACUGAACCUGAACUGGAAUAAACUAGGAGACUCUGGAGUGAAAAACCUCAGUGAUCUACUGAUGAACACACAAUUCAAGCUGAAGAAACUACAUCUGUAUGAUUGCAGUAUUACAGAGAAACAGUGUCUCAUCCUGACUUCAGCUCUGAAAUCAAACCCAUCACACCUGAGAGAUUUGAACCUUGGUCUGAAUCGAAUAAAAAACACAGGAGUGAAUCACUUAUGUAACGUACUGAAGGAUUCACACUGUAAACUGGAGAGAUUGAGGUUAAAGUGCAUCAGUAUUACAGAUGAAGGUUGUGCUGCUCUGGCAUCAGCGUUUUAUUCAAACCCCAGAGAGCUGGAUCUGAGCAGGAAUCAAAUAGGAGACUCUGGAGUGACAGAAAUCUCCAGUCUGCUGAGAAAUCCACAGUGCACACUACAGAUACUCAGACUUUCAGACUGCAGUAUCACUGAAGAAGGUUAUAAAGCUCUGGCUUCAGCUCUGAGAUCAAACCCUUCACACCUGAUCGAGCUAGAUCUCACAGGAAAUGAUCCUGGACAAUCAGGAGUGAAAGAGCUCAAUGAUUUACUACAGGAUCCAAACUGUCAACUCAAGACAAUGAGGUUUUUGGGUCCUGCUGCAGAUGAAGCCUGUCAGUAUGUGACUGGAAUUGUGGCUAAAAACCCGUUACUCCUGAGAGAACUGAAUCUGAGUGAACAUGAACUAGGAGACACACGAGUGAAUCAGAUCGCUGCCCUACUGCAGGAUAAACACUGUCAACUCAACACACUGAUUCUGAAUAACACCUGUAUCACAGAAGGAGGUUGUCAUGUUCUGGCUGCAGCUCUAAAUUCAAACCCUUCAAAUCUGACAGAGCUGGAUCUGAGUGAGAAUAAACUAGGAAACCCAGGAAUGAAGAUCAUCUUGACUCUGUUUGAAAAUGUACAGUGUAGACUGGAAAAGUUGAAAUUGAUAAACUAUGCAUAUGACAGGUGCUGCAGGUUACCAGGAAAGGAGAAGAAGCCAUUACUCACCAAAAAAGCAGGGGGAGAAAGCGUUGUGUAUGGAUCUAACACCAUCAUCAAGUUUGCAGACAAUACUACAGUGAUCGGUCUCAUCAGCAACAAUGAUGAGACUGCCUACAGGGAGGAGAUCAAACACCUGGCCACUUGGUGCACGGACAAUAAUCUGCUCCUUAACACCAAUAAGACAAAGGAGCUCAUUGUGGACUUCAGGAAGGGAAGAAGAGGCUCACAUGAAACCAUUCACAUCAACGGGAUGGCUGUUGAGCCUGUCUCAUCCUUCAAGUUCCUGGGGACCCACAUUUCGGAGGACCUAUCCUGGACCACCAACACCUCUAGCCUAGUCAGGGAGGCUAACCAGGGACUUUUCUUCUUGAGAACACUUAAGAAGAACCAGCUGUCCUUAGCCAUCCUGGUGAACUUCUAUUGCUGCACAAUAGAAAGCAUCCUAACCAACUGUGUCACAGUCUGGUACGGAGGCUGCUCUGUUGCUGAGGGUAAGGCACUGCAGCGGGUGGUGAAAACUGCCCAGCGCAUCAUAGGGACUCCACUUCCAGCCAUUGAGGACAUCCAGAAGAAACACUGCAUGCGUCGAGCACGCAGUAUUCUUAAAGAUGACUCUCACCCCGCCCACAAACUGUUUUCUCUCCUGCCUUCUGGCAGGCGCUUCAGGUGUCCCAGGUCAAGAACCAGCAGACUGAGGAACACCUUAUUGAACUCUGCCCCCCACUGA